AUGUAUGAAUCAUUAAUAAAUAAUCAUUAUAUAUUAUGUCCAGGAUUUGAAUAUCCAAUAAUAACACAAGAUAAAUUAUUAUUAAUUAUUGAAAAAUUUAUUAUAUUACAAUAUUAUAAAUUUUUUUAUCAACAAAAUCAUAAAAAUAAUUUUAAUAAUAAUUUUAAUAAAAAUAAAGAAAAUUUAGAAAAUUUUAAUAAAAUUUCGGAAAAUUUGGAAAAUUUAAAUUAUUUGGAAAUAAUUUUGGAUAUGGAAAAUUAUAUAAUAAAAAAUAUAAUAAUAUGUAUAAAAUGUAAUGAAAAUGAAUUAAUAAAUGAUAGAAAUUAUAAAAUAAAAAAAUUAUUAUUAAUAAAAAAAAUACAAAAAUGUUUUGAAUCAAAUAUAAUAAAAAAAUUAAUAAAAAAACAAUUAAAAUUUAUUGAAAUAUUUAAUAAAAUAUUAUUUAUAAUAAAUUUGUAUAAAGAAAAUAUUAUUAAUUUUUAUCAAUUUAUUAAUUUAUUAAAUAAUUUUAAUAAUUUUAAUAUGGAGAAUAUGGAUAAUAAUUUUAAUGAGGAUAUGGAAAUUGAUAGGGUUAGUGAAAAUAAAUUUUCUUCACAAUUAAAUAUUGCUGCACCUAAGGUAGUUAAUGGUACUAACUCCGUUACGGUGAUUGCUCAAACGGGUACUGAAGGUACUGAAGUUACUAGUACUAAUAGUACUAAUACUAAUAACCUAACUACUACUACCGGAAAGGGAGCUAAUUCUAUGGGUAUGGAGUGUACCUCGGGAAAGGGAGCUAAUUUUACAGCUAUAGAGUGUACCCCCGGAAAGGGAGCUAAUUUUACAGCCACCGAGUGUACCUCGGGAAAGGGAGCUAAUUUUAUGGGUACCGAGUGUACUAGUAGUGAUAGUACCACUGAACCCUCAGGUUCCAGGUUCGAGUCCCAGUACAGUACUACUAAUAUUACUCCUCCAAAGGGAGCUAAUGGUACAGUUGAUACUAACACCGUUACGGAGGAAAAUAAUAUUGCUGCACCUAAUCUACUUACUGGACCCUCUGGUACUAGGUUCGAAUCCCAGUCCAGUACUACAGAUAAUACUAGUACUACUGAUACUAGUACUAAUACUAGUGUAGAUUACUCCUUAAUUACUAAUGGAAUUACUAAUACUAAUGGUAUUACUAAUACUAAUGGUAUUACUACUGAUAUUACUGAUGGUACUGAUGAUAUGGAUGGUAUGGAUGGUACUACUGUUGGUAAGGAUAUAAAUAUAUUUUGGAUGUUUAAAAAUGAAUUUGAUGAAAUAGAAAAAAUAAAAGAAUAUCCAUCAAUAAUUAUAUAUAAAGAUGAUAAAAUUAUUAAUAUUAUACCAAUGGUAUAA